AUGGCGGCAAGCAAUAUGGCCGACAAAACCAAAUCACGGCAUAGGCGCGCCAACCGGUUGGAAAACUCUUCCUUGAGCUUAACUAACAUUUUAUGCAGGAAGAAACGAAAAGGAACGAGCCAAACUUCAAUGGCCAAGGAAACUCCUUCCCGGAGCCGAAUUGACCAUUUUGUGAAGGAAGUCUCAAUCCACUCGUUCAAAUGCUCCCAAACUUCACCAGAGGCCAUAAAAUACCAGAUCUACACAACGCAGCUCUUCUUCACCCCGAUUCUUGCCCGUUUAAUCAAAAAAAAAUUCAAUCUAUGGAUUGUGAUCUCCUUGAUAUUCGCAAUCGCCACCGGAGAUCUUGGUUUAACUUCCUCAUUCGGCCGUGAGCCAGGUGGAGAGGAGAUGAUUUUUGCAAGAGGCUCAAGAGCGGAUGAAGAUCAACACCAUUACUCUCUGGUUGGAUCCGCCUUGGUUGCAGACGGAAUUGCAGUCAAGACAUGA